ACAGCAGUAUAGUAUUAAUUAAUUGUUAAAAGAGAGUUUCUAAUCAAUUCUACUUGCAAUUCUCCAAGAAGAUAGCCUUUGCCAUCAUCUAUUGCUCUGAUUUAGAAUUAUAUGUGAAAAGAGUCUCUCUCUAUUAGGGGAGCGAGAGGAGAUGUCUACUCAUAUAUUUUUCUUCCAAAUUCGAUUCAAAUAGUUGUAAAAAAUUAUAGAAAAAAAUUGAUAAUAUUGAGUAUUGUUAUACCUAUCUGUGCAAAAAAAAAAUCAAGUUCAAUGCUGUAUCAGCGUUGUCAAUUUUUUUUAGAAUUUUUCAUAAUCGUUUCAAUGCUUUUUAAAUAAACAAGGAAAUAUCAUCUCUUGAGGAUAACACACAAUUAGAUUAGACAUGCUUGGACUGAUGACUUAGUCAAAAGAGAAGUCCGAUCACUUAUUAAUUUCUUGUGCAUGUGCAUCCAACAACCUUCGUCAGCUAGCCAAGAACAAUAAGCAACUUCAUAGUGUCCUAGCAACGGCGUCACCGGCCAUGGCUUCCGGCCAUCUCGUCGCCGUCGCCGUCGUCAUCGGCUCGCUCUGCGUCGCGGCAGUCGGUCAGGGGAACAAUAUCGUGCUCCCGUUCGCGCCGUCGUGCUCGACCGCCGGCAACUACACCGGCGACAGCCAGUACAAGAAGAACCUCGACCAGCUAUUCACCACCCUCUCCGCCGGCGCCAUCGCCGGCGACUGGUUCAACACCAGCUCGGUCGGGACGGGCGCCGACCAGGUGUUCGGCCUCAUCAUGUGCUACGCCGACCGCAACUCGACGCAGUGCCAGGAAUGCCUCGCCGGCGCUCCGGCCGGGAUCGUGCAGGUGUGCCCGGGAAGCCGAACGGCGGACGCCAACUACGACGCCUGCCUCCUCCGCUACUCCGACAAGUCCUUCUUCUCCGAGCUCACCUACGGCGCCGACCCCACCAUCGCCUGGAACGUCUACUUCACCCCCUUCGUCGACAACAUGACCACCAUGAACGACACGCGGCGGCGGCUGAUGAGCCAGCUCGCCGAGAGGGCCGGCGACACCAAGCUCAGGCUGGACAACGGCAGCUUGCCGUACGCCGACUCGAAGCUCGGCACGUCGGCGUUGUACGGGCUGGCGCAGUGCACGAGGGACCUGGCGGCGAGCGAGUGCCGGAGGUGCCUCAGCGGCUACGUCGACGACCUCAGCAACACCUUCCCCAACAACAGCGGCGGCGCCAUUAAGGGGUACAGCUGCUACCUCAGGUACCAUCUUUGGCCGAUCGACAUCACGCUGCCGCCGCCGCCGUUGCCACCGCCGUCGCGGCCUCCGUCGUCGUCUCCGGCACCGCCUUCACCUCCUCCCUCGGUGUCGGGAGGACUCGUGGCCGGAUCGACCGUCGGCGCCGUCUCGUUCUUGGUGGUUCUUGGUGUCUCAAUCUGGCUCCUCUUGCGCCGGCGGCGGAAGCGCGCCGGCGAGGCGAGGGAGCUGGAGAUGGACGAGGGCGACUUCUUCGACGAUGAGGCCGAUGACUUUGAGAAGGGGACUGGUCCCAAACGGUUCCACUACGGCGAGCUCGCCAUCGCCACCGACGACUUCUCCGACGAGCACAAGCUCGGUGAAGGCGGGUUCGGGUCAGUGUACAGAGGAUUCUUGAAAGAGUUGAACCUUGACGUCGCCAUUAAGAGAGUGUCCAAGAGCUCGAAGCAGGGGAGGAAGGAGUACGCGUCGGAGGUGCGGAUCAUCAGCCGCCUCCGCCACCGCAACCUGGUGCAGCUCAUCGGCUGGUGCCACGGCGGCGGCGAGCUCCUCCUCGUCUACGAGCUCAUGCCCAACGCCAGCCUCGACACCCACCUCUACAGCGCCAACGCCGGCGUGCUCCCAUGGCCACUCAGGCACGAGAUCGUGCUCGGCAUCGGCUCGGCGCUGCUGUACCUGCACGAGGAGUGGGAGCAGUGUGUGGUGCACCGCGACAUCAAGCCGAGCAACAUCAUGCUCGACGCCGCCUUCAACGCCAAGCUCGGCGACUUCGGCCUCGCCAGGCUCGUCGACCAUGGCCGGGGCUCACACACCACGGUGCUCGCCGGCACCAUGGGGUACAUGGACCCGGAGUGCAUGAUCACCGGCAGGGCGAACGCCGAGUCCGACGUGUACAGCUUCGGGGUCGUCCUACUUGAGAUCGCCUGCGGCCGGCGACCGAUAAUGGCGGACCACCAAUCCGAGGUAGACGAAGACCGGAUCCACAUUGCUCAGUGGGUCUGGGAUUUAUACGGCAAUGGGAGGAUUCUUGACGCCACUGACCGGCGGCUCAACGGCGAGUUCGACGGCGGGGAGAUGGAGGCUGUCAUGGUCGUCGGGCUCUGGUGCGCGCACCCUGACCGGAGCCUGCGGCCAACGAUCAGGCAGGCCGUCGGCGUGCUGAGGGGCGAGGCGCCGCCGCCGAGCCUCCCGGCGAGGAUGCCGGUGGCGACGUUCCUGCCGCCGGUUGAUGCUUUCAACCACACAUCAUCUUCAGUUGCGACAGGAAGCAGCAGCGCCAGCACAGACACUACUCGGUCGUCCAGGACGACCGAGACAUCUUCCUUGCUGAAAUGACACUUGAGCAAUGACGUUUUUUAUCAGAUUAAUUAACUGCAAAAAUGAAUUGAUUUUGACAGGAGCAUCAUACCUGUUUUUGACUAGAGUAUGCAGCUGAUUUUGGACUGGUAAUAUGAUGAACAUUAGUUACAUAACACAAGAACACAAUGGCACAAACAUAAAAGGGAUACAGCUAUUGACACUUUCAGCAUAAUAAUUAGUGUUCUCAUUUAUUAUUGCCCCAAGCCAUCAUAUAAAAGGGACUUCAGAAAGGUAGAUCAACAGCUCAUAAUAAUUCACAGUGUAUGUCUAUUUUCAAAACCAUUUACAACGAAAAGGCCGGUCUAAUGGCGUCCCUUCCCCCCAACCUACGCCCAGCCGACCUCUCCAAUCUCCUUUGCUUUCUUCCUUCCAUUGGACCAUUCACGGUACAGGGGAAGUAUAAUCAAGAGUUCUCCAAUAGAUUGUAACUGGUACUAAUUAAGCAGCAGUGGCAACUGGAGUGUCAGGAUGGGCUCCCCAUUCAGUCCA